AUGGCACCAGCAAAGCUCGAAGCCGAAGACCACAACCGUGAUGCCGCUUUCAAUAGAGCCAUGCACGGUAAGUCGGCCCAAGAGAAAGCCGGCUUUUUGGCUAUGCUCGCGAAGGAUAAGGGGGCUCAGGGUGCUGCUGUCGACGAGUACUUCAAGUUCUGGGAUGGAAAGGGUGCCGGCCAGGAGACUGAGAAGGACAUGAAGGUUAGUAUUCCUAAUGGAUUACAAUUAUCGGCUUAUAUUGCAAUUCUAACCCCGAAAUUCUCAGGAACGUGUCGAGAGCUACGCUACAUUGACCAGACAGUAUGUUUCAACAUCUCGCCCCGUGUUCUAAAAUUGCCGGCACCUAUGCAGGAACCGUGAGCUGACCUCCCGCAGUUAUUAUAAUCUGGCCACGGAUCUGUACGAGAACGGCUGGGGUCAAUCUUUCCGUGAGCAACUCCUCGCACCUUUAGAAAAACUCGGGGAUAGGGUUAACAUCUCUCGACAGAUUUCUGCCGCUUCUACCCCGGAGAACCCUUUUAUCAGGCCAUUGCCCGUCACGAACACUAUUUGGCUCAUAUGAUGGGUAUGAAGGCAGGAAUGAAAGUUCUUGAUGUUGGGUGUGGGGUUGGUGGUCCUGCCAGGGAGAUUGUCAGAUUCACGGAUGCCAAUGUCACCGGAUUGAACAACAACGACUACCAGAUCGACAGAGCUACACAGUAUGCAGCGAAAGCCGGAUUGUCCCACAAACUAGUAUGCUUCAAACAGUUGGUGCCAACCCAUUCUGCCGACACCUACUAACACUGAGUUUCAGAACUUUGUCAAAGGAGACUUCAUGCAAAUGUCUUUUGAACCCGAGACCUUCGAUGCCGUAUAUGCCAUUGAGGCUACCGUACAUGCUCCUAGUCUUGAGGGCGUCUAUUCACAAAUCUUCAAAGUGUUAAGGCCCGGCGGUGUUUUUGGAGUGUAUGAGUGGCUUAUGACCGACGAGUAUGAUCCCUCUAACGCCAAGCACCGUGAGAUUUCCCACGGCAUUGAAGUGUAUGUUACCCUUUCGGCCUACUAGUAGGAUUUUUAAGGGGUUAAAGUUAAUAAUCACCAGUGGCGACGGCAUUUCAAAGAUGGUCAAGAUUCCGGAGGCUCUGCGUGCCAUCAAAGCAGCUGGUUUCGAGCUUGAGUUCCAUGAGGAUCUUGCGCAUAGGGGUGAUGCCAUCCCUUGGUACUACCCAAUCGCCGGUGAGAUGAAGUAUGUCCGUACCCUCGGAGACUUCUUCACUGUUCUCCGAAUGACCAAACUUGGUCGUGGGACGGUUCAUAAACUUAUCGGCGGAUUGGAGACCGUAGGGGUCGCCCCUCAUGGUACACAGAAGACUGCUCACUCUCUAGCUGUUGCCGCCGACUCUCUUGUCGCUGGAGCUCGGGUAGCUCUCCCUUUCUAUUCUUUCUUAUAGAAGCACGACUAAUAAUCUCUAGCUUAACCUUUUCACGCCCAUGUACCUAAUGGUUGCUCGCAAACCUAUGAAUUAGACGAAUUGUGGGAUAUCUCUGUUGAGCAGUAAAAGGUGUUUUGGCAACGGUCUAUAGAAAAUAUUAAUACAGCAUAGUCAUAAGGAGUCACCUUCCUUUAUCAUGUAUCUACUGUCGUUAUGCCUGCUAGAGUAAUAAAAACGGGUUAAUGGGACAACUUUUGCUAUGAUAUCCCGUUCUCACAGCACCGGAUCUCUGGGGUUGGACCCAAUAGGGUACUUUUGUACCGUAUCAUACUAUCCCCAUGACAUUGCAUAACACUACACUUUUUUUUGCACUGGAUAACUUCAACUUCUACCUCAAACACCUUCGACCCCCGGCCCUU